AUGAGACAUCAGACCAGCCUCAAACCUACAAACAACCUACCAGUGACCAGAGAAGUACAGCUGAGACAGAGCAUCACUUUAGACGACAAGCUUAAAUUUGGGGCCAGACAGGAUGUUCAAACAUUCACAUCUUGGGAAGCUCCUAUCAUGUGGGAGGGGGUUUUUGACCCUCUUCUCUACGACCAAAAGCAUCUCCAGCUCCAGUCGUCAGUGGCCCUCACUGUGUUUGCUGUGGGCAGGUAUCUGGAUGCAUACCUCAAGACUUUUCUUACCUCUGCAGAAAAGCACUUUAUGUUGGGAUUACCAGUGGCAUAUUAUGUGUUUACGGAUCUACCAGAGAAGGUACCACACAUCGAGCUUGCUCCUCAGCGGAGCCUUAAGGUUAUCCAGGUGAAAAAGUACUCCAGGUGGCAGGACAUCUCUAUGAUGCGCAUGAAGAUGAUAUCAGAAGUCAUAGAAUCGGAGAUUCGUCACCAUUUCAAAUAUGUCUUCUGCUUUGAUGUGGAUCAAGAGUUUCAAGGGAGAUUUGGCUCAGAGGCUCUGGGGGCUUCUGUGGCUUUGCUCCAUGCCCACUUUUACAAACUUCCAAAGGAUAGGUUCACCUAUGACAGAAACCCCAAAUCCAAAGCCUUCAUGGAAACUGGAGAUUUCUACUACCAUGCCGCUGUCUUUGGAGGAUUGUGGGAAAAUGUCAAGAAGCUGGCAGAUGCCUGCUAUCUGGGCAUCAUGGAGGACAAAUUAAAUGAUGUGGAGGCUCUGUGGCAUGAUGAAAGUCAUCUGAACAAGUACUUUUGGCUGCACAAACCAAGCAAGAUUCUCUCUCCUGAGUAUUGCUGGGACAAAAGAAUUGCUGACAAGAGUGCCAUAGUCAUCACCCGUCUGGUAUGGGCACCAAAACAUUAUGACACACUUCGUACCCCAUAG